UAUCCAAUUUUCGUUUCGCUACUCUGGGGUAUGUCAAAAUAUUAAAGGCGCAGAGGAGAGUGUUGUGUGUUUUUUUUUAUUUGCGUUUUAAUUAAUUAUGGCUAGCGGAGGCUAUGAUGAUUGGGAUGAUGACAACCGUCGGGUUGUUUAUGAAGGGAGGCAAGUACUUGAACGUACUUCGGCGUCAUUAGCCCGAUCAAAUCAAAUUGCAAUAGAAACGGAAAAUAUUGGAACUCAGGUGAUUUCGGAUCUGGGUGAACAACGAGAAUCGUUGCUUCGAAGUCAACGGCGGCUUGAGAAUGCUAACGACGGGCUAAGCAAAUCGAAUUCGAUAUUGCGAUCGAUGCAGCGAACAGUAUUUUAUAAUAAGUUGAUAUUGGUGUUGAUAAUAUUGUUGGAAGCAUUAAUUCUAGGCGGUUUGAUAUUCAUAAAGUUUUUCAAGAAAAAGUAAAAAUAAAUUUUUAACAAAAACAAAA